GGUACAGUAGUGAGUGGACUUGGACAGGAGGACUCGGUGGACCCCACCCCGAAGGCAUCACCCGAAGUUCCUCUUCGGGCUUCGGGCGCAGUCGGGUGGUGCUUGAUGUGUUGCCUACCCGUGAUGUGACGGGCGGCAACGGCAAGCAGAAAAGAUCGCUGGUUGUAUUUCUUUUUCGAAGUAUGACAGAAAUUUUGCGAAUGACAAUUUAACUUAAACCUGCAAGGGAAGAAAGGCAGCAAAAUGAGUCGCGUACCUAAUGAUGAGGCGGUGCAACUCACCAAUGACGACGCAACAGAGUGCAAACAAUCAGCUGUUCAGCUAGGUUAUUGGCAGGAUCCUUACCUGUUUUAUUUUGCUCGAUCAGCUGAACGAAAGCCACCAGAAAUAAAUAGGGGCUACUUUGCUCGGAAAAGAGGUAUUGAACUACUCGUCGAAAAGUUUCUCAAGCUUACAAACUGCCAGUGCCAAAUUGUUAACAUGGGCGCUGGAUUUGAUACAUUGUACUGGCGACUCCAAGAUGCUGGGAAAGCUGUUACCAAGUUGAUUGAUUUGGACUUUCCAAAUGUCACUGCAAGGAAAUGUCAUUUCAUCAAACGCCACAAACCUCUCAUGGAUAAACUUAAUCUAGGAGAUGGGAAAUCAUUCACAGGUGUAACAGACCUCCAUGCGGGGAACUACCAUAUUGUUGGUGUUGAUCUAAGACAGCGUUCAGAAUUCAUUUCUGCCUUACAACAAUGCGAAAUAGACUUUUCUCUGCCCACAUUAUUUCUCGCAGAGUGUGUUUUAGUUUACAUUGAAAGUGCGUUUGUUGAUGAAGAUUUGAAAUGGAUAUCAUCCAAUUUUGAAUCUGUUGCUUUCAUUAACUAUGAGCAGAUUAAUAUGAAUGAUCGAUUUGGAGAAGUUAUGAAACAGAACUUGCGUCUGCGGCAGUGUUCCUUAAGCGGUGUUGCUGCUUGCCAAAACUUGGAUUCUCAACGUAAAAGGUUUACAGACAACAACUGGGAUGGAUCACAGGCAUGGGAUAUGGUUGAAGUAUAUGAAAGUAUACCUGCAAUUGAAAGGCAACGAAUUGAAAAAAUUGAAUUCCUGGAUGAACAAGAGCUGCUGCUGCAACUGUUUCAACACUACUGCAUCUGUGUGGGAUGGAAAGGAGCGAAACUUAGUCAAGUAAACUUUGAUGGAUGAAGAGGUCACCUAUUCAUUUAUCUGGUCAGUCUUUUUAAGUCAUCUACCAAGUCUUUUUUGUUAUAGAAUUGAGUUACAACCCAAAACCUACAUAGAAUGGUUUGUUUAACUGUUCAGAUUUUGAACCAUUUUCGAUCUUCAGAAUUGUGAAAUGUUAUUUGAUCUUGUCUAGAUUUACUUUCUUCAUUGACUGAUUGCAAAUACUAAGUGUGAUAAUUGUCUGUUGUACUCUUUGUAAGUUUUGUGAUUAAUGUAGCCUACUUUUCAAAGCCAGUAUUUUUGUUUCCUUCAGUGUUUACUAGUUUAUUUGUUGAUACCCAUUGAAAGGAAGUGUACUUAAAUUCAAGAAUCAUGUAAGCAAUAUUUCUCAAUGAGUGUAAUGUAGGGGAAGUAGGACUAGAAAAAUCACAUCAUAGGACUUCGCUUUUUUUUAAGUUUUAUUGUUUACUUUUGCCUUAUUUAGGCUGAUGGAAAUUCUGAAAGACACUAAGAAAUAAUGCCAUUAUCCACCAAUGGCGAUUUUAUUGAAGUCUAUUAUAUUUCUUCAGAGAGCAUUAUUUUUACCUUAACAUGUGAUAAGGUUUUCUGAGUUAAAAUGUGUUAGCGAAGAAGUCUAAUAACAGACAUGUUAAUUUAGAGUAUCUUUGCUUAUCUGACUCUGAUCCUCCUGUGCUUAUACGUUUUAACUAUCUGCACAUUACUUAUAAAUUUGCCUUAGACUAGAAACAUGCUUCCACAUGUCUUUCAUGUAUAAAUAAAAGAAAAACCAUCUUA